AUGACGCGCUGCGAGGCGCGGGGGCGGUGGAGCCGAGCCGGAGCCAUGUCCGCGGGCGGAGCAGCGCAGCGCGAUGCCGGGGCCGCCGCGGGGCGCCGCAGUAAAUGGGACCAGCCCGGCCCGGCCCCCGCCUUCCUCCUCCCGGGCACGGCGCCGCUGCCCGGGCGGCCCUUUCCCGGCGGCGGGGACGGCGGCUCCGCGGUGGCCGGGUCCGAGAGCUCCGCGGCGCCCUCGGGAGCGCUGGAUGCGGCCGCGGCUGUGGCCGCCAAGAUCAACGCGAUGCUGAUGGCCAAAGGGAAGCUCAAGCCGGCGCCCAGCACCGCGGACAAGCUGCAGGCGCUGGGAAAAGGUCCAGCUACAAAUAAAAGCAAAGAUGACCUUGUGGUGGCAGAGGUGGAAAUCAAUGACGUGCCCCUCACGUGCAGGAACCUGCUGACGAGAGGACAGACUCAGGAUGAGAUAAGUCGCCUGAGCGGAGCGGCUGUGUCGACCCGAGGGAGGUUCAUGACAGCAGAAGAGAAAGCCAAAGUGGGACCAGGAGAUCGUCCUUUGUAUCUUCACGUCCAGGGCCAGACACGGGAGCUGGUUGACAGAGCUGUUAACAGAAUUAAAGAGAUCAUUACUAAUGGAGUAGUGAAAGCAGCCACAGGCUCUAGUCCAACCUUCAACGGAGCUACAGUUACUGUCUACCACCAGCCAGCCCCUAUUACUCAGAUGUCUCCAGCAGUUGGCCAGAAACCUCCAUUCCAGUCAGGGAUGCAUUAUGUUCAGGACAAGUUAUUUGUUGGAUUGGAACACGCUGUACCUACGUUUAACGUGAAGGAGAAGGUGGAAGGGCCUGGUUGCUCCUAUUUGCAGCACAUUCAGAUUGAAACGGGUGCCAAAGUCUUUCUUCGUGGCAAAGGCUCAGGUUGCAUAGAGCCAGCAUCGGGCAGAGAAGCUUUCGAACCCAUGUACAUUUACAUCAGUCACCCAAAGCCAGAAGGUUUGGCAGCUGCUAAAAAGCUGUGUGAGAACCUAUUGCAAACCGUUCAUGCUGAGUACUCUCGGUUUGUGAACCAGAUAACCACUGCAGUACCCCUCGCAGGCUUCACACAGCCUGCCGCUAUCAACAGCGUACCUUCCCAGCCCUCCUAUUACCCUUCCAAUGGCUAUCAGUCUGGUUAUCCUGUGGUUCCUCCUCCUCAACAACCAGUUCAGCCACCAUAUGGGGUACCAGGCAUAGUACCACCUGCAGUACCUUUGGCACCUGGAGUCUUAACAACGCUACCUACGGGAGUUCCGCCUGUGCCAACGCAGUAUCCCAUAUCUCAGGUGCAGCCCCCAGCCAGCACUGGCCAGAGCCCACUGAGUGGUCCUUUCCUUCCUGCUGCCCCAGUUAAAACCACCCUGCCGACUGGUUCCCAGCCACAAGUGCAACCCCAUCCCCAGGGUCAAAAGCGACGCUUCACUGAGGAGCUGCCGGAUGAGAGGGAGUCAGGACUGCUGGGAUACCAGCAUGGACCCAUUCAUAUGACUAAUUUAGGUACAGGCUUCUCCAGUCAGAGUGAACUCGAUGGAGCCGGGUCGAAGGCAGCAAGUUCCUCAGGAAAGGAGAGAGAGAGGGACAGGCAGUUGAUGCCUCCGCCAGCUUUUCCUGUCACUGGGAUGAAAUCGGACUCUGAAGACAGAAAUGGUGCGGGGUCUUUACCAGGCAACCAUGAUCAUCAAGCAAAGAAGAUGAAAACUGCAGAAAAGGGCUUUGGUUUAGUGGCAUAUGCUGGAGAUUCAUCAGACGAAGAGGAGGAACAUGGGGGCCAUAAAACCGCAAGUACCUUUUCACAGGGAUGGAGUUUGGGGUACCAGUACCCGUCCUCACAACAGCGAGCUAAACAACAGAUGCCAUUUUGGAUGGCACCGUAGGAGCUGCAGAGAAGAGUUUUCAUUCAUCUGGGUUCCCCCCUCCUUUAGCAAUAAUGCAUGUAUAUUACAGCCUGAACUUUGCAAAUACCCCUUGUUUUUACAGUUGCAGAAAAGGUUCAGUGUUCCCCCCUUUGAAAGGGAUCCAUCGUUUUUAAACUCCUUAUUUCUGCAGUGCAUCUGUCCAAUAAAACCCCACCAUGAACUG